AUGACUGAUCUAGAUAGAGACUCUCGGCACCUAUCGAUACAACCGCCGUUUCAUGGAUAUAAUCGACCUAGAGACUCGACCAUAGCAAGUGAAGGAGAAGCAGCUGAUAUAUUUGAUUUAUAUGGCAACGAUGAAAAUGGGCAAAGGGAAAGCUGGAGAUCUUCGACUGGUGGAGAUGAUGCUCAAAGAGAUUCAACGAUUGGACUAGCAAUUGGCAAUCCUAUCCAAGAGGAAAAGGAAGGGGACGAAGAAUGGUCAGGUCCGAUGGCUGCUUUAGGAAUAAACGAUUCAAUGAAUAACAAUGACCAUUCAAGAACAAGGAGAUCAAUGGGUACACCUGAUAUAUCAAUAACAGAUCUAGGUAAUCCGAUAGGUUUAUCUUCUUCAACCCCUCAAAAAAGAAAUUCAUAUGAUAAUCCUAGGAAAUCAAGUGCGAAUUCACAAGAUAUGACCCGUCUAAGUCCACAGAAGAUCAGAAGAUCUUUUGGUAAUUCAACUGAUCACAGUAACGGAAAUGCAAGUAGCCAAUUUAGCGCAAGUACAAGAACGAGUAUCAGUGAUAUCGGUAAUAAAUCAUUGACAAGUGUUAGGACGAAUGGAUCCAAUCAAUAUCCAGGUGAAGAAGAUGAUGCUUUUUAUAUCAGAUCCACAUACGCAAGGCUGGAUAGCGAAGGUGUGCAUGGAGAUGGAUGGGACCCAGGGGUGGAACGUACACGAGGUGGUCCAGGAAUGGGCAAAAGAGCUACUGUAUAUCCAGCGACAAAAGCAGGUGAUAUCGGUGAGCAGGAAAAGCAGUUCUUGGCUAGUUUGGAUAGAUACGGAUUCAUCCACGAACCCCUUCGGAACCGAUCAGAAACUCGAUUAGCACUGAUACCGACAGCACCAUUAACGAAGAUACCUAAAUUACCUUCCUCAUCACCGUUAAAAGGUAAACCACCGGUUGAACCGAACUCUUCAUUCGCACCCACAGACUCGGGUCCUUCAGCCCGACUUCCGUCAAGCCCGAAUAUAAAUUCAAGCGAAGUAGACAGGAUGAAGAAGAAAGAAGCCGAACGUGUUGGUAAAUGGGGUAAAAUGAUGUCAAUCAAAAACAGAGACCAAGGUGGUAACAUUAGUCAAUGGGAAUGGAGAUCAGAUGUCGACAAGAACAAAUUGAUUAAAAGGAUAUACAAAGGUGUACCGGAUAGGUGGAGGAUGGCUGCGUGGUGGACUCUCGCUCAAGAUAAAGGUAAAGGGAAAGAAAAAAAGUCUUCAAAGGAGAUUGGGGAUGAUUAUAGAAACACACUAGACCUACCAUCGACAUUCGACGUACAGAUUGAUCUAGACGUUCCAAGGACAAUAUCAGGACAUACAAUGUUUGUCACUCGAUAUGGAGCGGGUCAAAGGAAUCUAUGGCACGUCUUACAUUGUUUCAGUCAAGUAUGCGAAACAUGUGGUUAUGUCCAAGGUAUGGGUCCAAUAGCAGCUACCUUGCUAUGUUAUUUCGAUCCGGAGCGAGCAUACACUCUUCUAGUGAGCUUACAUGACACAUAUGGAAUGCACGAUAUUUUCGAACCUGGUUUCCCUGGAUUAUUAGAAGCUUUCUACGUUCAAGAGAGAUUGAUGGAGUGGUUAUUGCCUGAUGUCUACGAAUCUUUUCAACGUAACAUGAUAUCAUCUUCAUCGUGGGGUACGAAAUGGUACAUCACAUUAUUCGUUAAUACAGUACCUUUUUCCCAACAAUUGAGACUAUGGGAUGCGUUAUGGUUGGAUGGUCCGGACGUGAUGAUAAUUACCAGUAUCGCCAUUUUAUGGGCGUUCAAGGAUCUACUGGCAGCUCCAAAUGCAACAUUCGAGUCCAUUUUAUCAUUGCUAUCAUCAUAUUUCGUUGCUGAAGAUGAAGACGCUCUCAUGAUAUGGAUUAGGAGAACGAUACAUUCCCAAGGUAUAAAACCUAAAAUGGAUGAAUGGAGAUCGGAAUGGAAACAUCUCGUAAGAGAAGGAAAAAGUACUACUGCUUUGCUGUAA